UUCAAUCAUACAUAGGUAAGUCCAGUCCAUCGCCACACGUCUCACAGUUUGCCCGUUGAGUGAUCACUUUAUAACAAUGAAGUCUGUUUACAUUUUAUUAGUAGUUCUCGCCUCGUGUAUUUAUGUUGGUUAUUGUAAAGAUCUCAUCGUUGGAACAAGUUUUAACAACAGACUGAUUUGGCAACAGAAGGCUGAGUACAACAGCAUCCCUCUUAAAAAGAGGGUCAAGGAAGUUUUUUUCUCUGACCCCGGACAACAGAUUAUCAAGGGUAUUAUUGCAAGGGACCUUGAUCACACUGAUGCGGCCGCAACGAUCACUGCCGGAGGUGUCGGACAAUCUUAUGCCAACAUCAGACUGAAGAGCGAGAGAGGAUCUGGCUUGAACUAUCAAAUUGAAAUCUACGUUUAACAUUAAAACUAAACACUGAUAAUAAUUAAUAAAUCUUUAUACAAUGUUUCCACAUUAAAUAAAUUACAGUAAAA